GACUUUGUUGAGUAGUCGUGGACGAGCGUGACAAUUCAUUGGACGUUGAAUAGUAGGUGAAUUAAGAAGGCACAAAACGACACGAAAAUAAAAACAGUCAGUGUGCUAGUAGAAUAUCUCGAUUAAUUUAAUAAUUUCGAAUUCGUGCUGAAAGUUUUUAUUAUUAAAUUUGCUGCUGUUAAAAGUGUUGCGUGUAAGAUUUGAUUGUUUUGAGAAGUUAACAGUUAGCACGUAAAUAAAAUAUUUAUUUAUAGAUAUUUUAUAUAUUUUUAAGUAAUUUGGCGCAUUUGUUUAUAAAUACUACGUGAUGAGUGCAUUGAAAAAUCCAAAUUUCUCCCGCGGUUACCGCUUCGCUGCCAUGCAAAUGUUAUUGUUAUUGGUGCUUUGCGCCUACUGCUCUUUAGUCAGUAUGCCAAGGUUCGCGUUGGCUAUUGAAUCACUUGGAGCCACAUCAGCCGCCAGCGAUUCGGUGGAAGAUUUGGAAGAGGGCUUCGUUGCCGCAACAUUGCUGGCAAAGGAUACAAUAUUGAAAAAGGAUCCAGCGAAUAUUGGCAACAAGCUGAAGGAUUUGUGGGAAAAAGUACCGGAACAUGUGUUCAACGGCGUGGAUAUAAAGAAGUGAAACAGUCGCGAAGUGAUGACGCAAUGAAAAUUUUCAAUUGAUGUGAGAUGGAAACGUGAGUUAACUGCACUGAGGAGAUUUUUUUUUAUUUAGAAAUACUACAUAAAUCAUCAGAGUUAGAGUUUUAAUUGUACCGUAUAGUUACGUAUGCUGCUACUUUUAAUGCCUCAUAAAUAUUUACUGUCGGAUGAAGAUCAAAACAAGUAUUCGCAAGCGCAGCUGAUUUGUGAAAGCUUAAUGAGAUCGCACACAACACUGCAGACAGAUAAACAAACAAAAAACAACGAAUAUAUUAAAUAGUUUAAACUUAAAUUAUUUUUAUUCAUAAGUGUAUAUGUAUGUAAGUCGAAUUUUUUCAUAUCUAAGUGUUUUUUAUGCGACUCUUACUCACAUGAACUUUACCAAGUACGGAUGUAAUCAUAAAUAUUUUGUUAUGCUACUCAUAUUUAUUGCGAUAAGUGUUUAUCUGUGUACAAUUACAAGAAAAAUGCAUUUAAAUUUUAUCGAAUGAUGUUUAAUGCAUAUUAAAAGUGGAUUAAAAGAACAAUAAUUCUGAAAAAUUAAAA